AUGCCUCCUAGGAAGAAGCAAAGACGCGCAGCUCCCGACACGCCGCAACCAGAGGACUCAAAGCAGUCGGCUUCGACAGCCAGCGCAAGAGACAGCGCGCAAAAGUCAGAUACGGAAUACGACUUGGUCAAUGACCCGUGGACAGAUGAGCAAGAAACUGCGCUGCUAAAGGGCCUGGUCAGAUGGAAGCCUGUUGGAAUACACAAACAUUUUCGAAUGAUCGCCAUUUCUGAAUAUAUGAAGAGCCAGGGUUAUGCGCCAGUGAAUGAAGAGCAUACGCGCAUCCCAGGGAUAUGGAAAAAACUCGAUUCGCUCUAUAAUCUUUCUGCACUUGACGAAAUGGAAGAUUCAGUCAUUACACCGGACGCUGAAGAGUCGGAUGAGUCUGAGUACUGUCCUUUUGAACUGCCCGACCACGAAUACGGUGAAAUGAUGUUUGCCAGACGGCUGGCAUCCCGACGAUCAGAAUCGGCCGACACGUCUACACACCCGGAGUCUAGGAGAGGCAGUACAGUCGCCGAUACCGAUGAACCCAACUCAUCCCCCGCACCGUCACGAGGCCGUCGAGGCAAAUCAACACGAUCAUCCACCCGCGGUACGCGCACGACGAGAUUACAAGUAGAAGUCGAGAAGCCAUCGCCAAGCCAUGCCAGCGAGGACGAGGAAAUGGAAGACGCGGAUGCCAACGAAGGCGACGACGAAGAAGGUGAUGAGAAUACGGACGGUGGGGAGGACAACGAGGAAGAGGAACAAGACGCAGAGACUCCCAGCUCCCCAGCAGCACGCAACACUCGCACUCAGACGACAAAAUCUAACAAAAAGGACAAGAAAGGUGCAAAUACAGCAGCCGGCGCUACAACGAGGCGCACUGGAAGGCGGCGUUGA